AAAAGAGAGAGAGACAGAGAAAAUCUUCAUCCUCCCUCCCUUUUAUAUAGAAAGGACUUGUCAGAAAGACAUCCGCAUAGAACAUAUUAUACAUGUAAUAUAGUACAAGGCAAAGGCAGCAGCACAGGUUGGGGGAAAAGGCUUCCUGUACAACUCGUUCCUUAUUGAAAUCCUGAGGUAAAAUCUUUCCAUUCUCAGCAGCAAAGACUGUUAGAAUAGAACACAGAUAUAUAUUAGAUUAUAUAGAAUUUAUUAAAUUAUUCCAGAUUUAAAUAUAUUUUUGGAGCUGUGAAGGAGUGUCAUGAUAUCUUUUUUCCAUUAACCCUUACAUGGACAGGUUGAGGCUGUUGAUAAGGCAAAAAACAGAAUAGUUGAAAAAAAAGAGGAAAUUCUUAAUUUUGUUCCCAAGAGCUUUCUUUCAUCCCUAUUUCAUUCUCGUGCAUUUCCUUGUAGGAAAAGGAAACCUCUUAUUUUGUUAACCAAAGAUUUACUUUCUAUUCCUUCUGGCUAAAGGAAGGAAGCAAACACAGAUUGACCCAUGUCAAUAUUUUAAGUGAUCUCACUUGUAAGAAACCAGGAAUAACAUCCAAAUCAGAGAUUUGUGAGUGGAAAAGAAAAGGGGUAGAAGAUCUGUAAACAAAGUUAUUUUCUAAGGAAGGAAGAAACAGUUUUAAGCUUUUGUUUUUUUCUUUCCAGGCGGAAUUCAAAUCCUAAAUAUAAUAAAUGGGGGAUUACGGGUUUGGAGUGUUAGUGCAAAACAACACCGGGAAUAAGUCAGCUUUUCCAGUCAGAUUUCAUCCUCAUCUGCAACCUCCACACCAUCAUCAAAACGCAACCCCCAGCCCUGCUGCUUUUAUAAAUAACACAGCUGCCAAUGGCAGUAGUGCUGGGUCAGCUUGGCUCUUUCCUGCUCCAGCUGCCCAUAACAUUCAGGAUGAGAUUCUGGGGUCAGAAAAAUCUAAAACUCAGCAACAGGAAAAACAAGACUCCCUAGAAAAACAGCAGCUUUCCCCUAGUCAAAGCCAGGAAGCAGGCAUGCUGCCUGAAUCUGAGAAAAGCAAAUCUGAAGAAAAUCAGGGGGAUAACUCUUCCGAGAAUGGCAGUGGAAAAGAGAAAAUAAGAAUAGAGUCACCAGUGUUAACAGGAUUUGAUUACCAAGAAGCUACAGGGCUAGGUACUUCAAGCCAGCCCUUGACGUCUACUGCAUCCUCUCUCACUGGUUUCAGUAACUGGUCAGCAGCUAUAGCUCCUUCUUCUUCAACAAUAAUCAAUGAAGAUGCAAGUUUCUUCCACCAGGGAGGGGUACCUCCUGCUUCAGCUAAUAAUGGUGCUCUGCUGUUUCAGAAUUUUCCACAUCAUGUCAGCCCUGGCUUUGGAGGUAGUUUUUCCCCUCAGAUUGGACCCCUUUCUCAGCACCACCCUCAUCACCCCCAUUUCCAGCAUCAUCACAAUCAGCAUCAACAACAGAGGAGGUCUCCUGCAAGCCCUCAUCCACCUCCAUUUACACAUAGAAAUGCUGCUUUUAAUCAACUGCCUCAUCUUGCUAAUAAUCUUAACAAACCACCUUCUCCAUGGAGCAGCUACCAAAGCCCAUCACCUACACCAUCUUCUUCAUGGAGCCCAGGUGGUGGUGGUGGAUAUGGUGGGUGGGGAGGGUCCCAAGGCCGAGACCACCGCAGGGGACUGAAUGGAGGAAUAACACCCCUGAACUCCAUCUCACCCCUAAAGAAGAAUUUCCCAAGUAAUCAUAUCCAGUUGCAGAAGUAUGCACGGCCCAGCUCUGCUUUUGCUCCAAAAUCUUGGAUGGAAGACAGCUUGAAUAGAACUGACAAUAUCUUUCCUUUUCAGGACCGCACAAGAACCUUUGACAUGCAUUCACUGGAGAACUCACUAAUUGAUAUAAUGAGAGCUGAAAAUGACUCACUGAAAGCAAGGACAUAUGGGAGAAGGCGAGGUCAAUCCUCACUGUUCCCAAUGGAAGAUGGAUUUCUGGAUGACGGACGUGGGGAUCAAACUCUCCACAGUGGCUUAGGAUCACCACACUGCUUCUCACACCAGAACGGUGAACGAGUGGAACGAUACUCCCGCAAGGUGUUCGUAGGUGGCUUGCCACCUGAUAUUGAUGAAGAUGAGAUCACAGCCAGCUUUCGUCGCUUUGGCCCUUUGAUUGUGGAUUGGCCUCACAAGGCUGAAAGCAAGUCGUAUUUUCCUCCAAAAGGGUAUGCCUUCUUGCUGUUCCAAGACGAAAGCUCUGUACAAGCUUUGAUUGAUGCAUGUAUCGAAGAGGAUGGAAAACUCUACCUGUGUGUUUCUAGUCCCACAAUUAAAGACAAACCGGUUCAGAUCCGGCCUUGGAAUCUUAGUGACAGUGACUUUGUGAUGGAUGGCUCACAGCCUCUAGAUCCACGGAAAACAAUUUUUGUAGGAGGAGUUCCCCGACCCUUACGAGCAGUGGAGCUUGCAAUGAUAAUGGACCGGCUGUAUGGAGGAGUUUGCUAUGCUGGAAUUGACACAGACCCUGAGCUGAAGUACCCCAAAGGAGCUGGGCGUGUUGCAUUUUCUAAUCAACAGAGUUAUAUAGCUGCUAUCAGUGCCCGCUUUGUUCAGCUGCAGCAUGGAGAGAUAGAUAAACGGGUGGAAGUUAAGCCAUAUGUCUUGGAUGACCAGCUGUGUGAUGAAUGUCAGGGGGCCCGUUGUGGUGGAAAAUUUGCUCCAUUUUUCUGUGCUAAUGUUACCUGUCUGCAGUAUUACUGUGAAUAUUGCUGGGCUGCUAUCCAUUCACGCGCUGGCAGGGAAUUCCACAAGCCCCUGGUGAAAGAAGGAGGAGAUCGCCCGAGACAUAUUUCAUUCCGCUGGAACUAAGCGACUACUGCAGCGUGUUCAUAUGCAGGCCUCAAAACAAGUGCACUCUUCUGUUCUCCUGAUUCCCUGGACCUGCCCUCCUCUUCUCUCUUACUCAAGAUCGCAUGUCCUUCUGUCGUAGUCUGUAAUUUAACAAUAGCUUAAUGAAAGAAUGACCUAUAAUCAUAUAGGUAUUUUGUAGAAUCUUGUCAAUUAAACUGUAUUGGGAACUCCUUUUCAUAUGGAUAACACAGGGCAUGGAUCCAGGUUCUCUUAACUGUAUUUACCCAGAGGGCACUGCUUUCUUGCUACCCUUUUCUUCGAGGAGAGAGAGAGAGAACAAUAUUAAGAGAAGAGAAAUGAAACAAUAGAGUAUUUUGUUUUUUAAUUAAAUUAUUGAUAAUAACAAAAUCGAUAGAAUACUUUUAUUAAAGUAACCAUGAGAUAGGAACACUAUGAAUCUAUUCUGACACUUUGUCCCGCCCUCCCUGCCCUGCCCCUUUACCCCUUUCCCCACCCAAACCUCUGGGAAGCCUGUUUUCCUGCCGCCUAUGAUUUUAUAGCAAUGGAAACAGUUAGCCGUUAACCUAGUAACAGGAAAGAGCAUGUUUAAAGCAACAAAAAAAUGCAUGAGCAAAGGUUUAAAGCAGCAUUAAGUUAAUUU